AUGUCCCUCCUAGCAGCCAAUCUUGCGACAGAGACGCUCUGCCGCGCUUCAUCGCCUUCGAUAAAUGUGGAAAUGCUACCACCGUCCAUCAAUACGGGACAUGCAGAGUCCGACGGGAGUUCACAUGCAGACCAAGGGAAAAGGAAACCAAAAGAUGCCUUCGAGCCUCUCUCCCCCAAGCGCCCGAAGUUGAUCGGACCGUUUAUUGAUGAGGAUGAUUCUGAGAGUGAGGACGAUGGAAAUCCAUUUGCCUCCCGUGGGCCAAAACCUGGACUGCAGGAUGAAGUCUCCAAUUCAGCAUCAUCAAAUACAGCAUUGAACACAAGCCCUCCGAGUCCAAAUACAAGAACACCGUCCGUGCUCAGUAGUAUCAGCGAGAAUGGAAAUGCGAACCAAACUCCGUCUACCAAUUCGACCGAAUCCUCAUUUGAAACCCUUGAAAACGCAAAGCCGAGCAAAAAAUCCCUCUUUACACCAUUGGUACAUCAUAAUUCACAAAAACUGGCCAAAAGUUACUACUCCAUCCAGACAUGUUCAGAUAGAAUCGUGAAUGUCCAAACUAGGGAAGUGGCUUCGUCGAUUCCUUAUGAGCAAAUAAUUGCGGAGCGUUCAACUACAGCUCCAGGGAGAGCACAAAAAAGCUACUACGGGAUUGACAUUCACAGAUUGCUGGACGACAUCACAGUUGAAGAUGCCCAAGAUCUUGCCUGUCGCUCACGGCUUCCUUCCCACCAACCCUCCACCGAAACAUCGAGUGCUAAUAAGACAAUUAAAGGAUCAACUCUUAUGUGGACAGAAAAAUAUCGCGCCAGGAAAUUUAAGGAUCUCGUUGGGGAUGAGAGGACUCAUCGAUCUGUUUUGCGCUGGCUUAAAUCAUGGGACGCUAUUGUAUUUCCCGGAUUGGCAAAACUAAAGCCCAAGAACACGACAGGGAAUGACGCUGGAGAACGCACCCACCGAAAAGUCUUAGUCCUAACAGGGCCUCCCGGACUAGGGAAAACCACUCUGGCUCAUGUAUGCGCAAGACAGGCAGGAUACGAAGUGUUGGAGAUAAAUGCCAGUGACGAAAGAAGUCGCGAUAUUGUCAAGGGUAGAAUUCGAGAUGCGGUGGGUACUGAAAAUGUGAAAGGUAUCAGCGUUGAAGCCGAUGGUAAAAGGAUUCGGAAAGCUGGCAAGCCUGUUUGCGUCGUUGUCGAUGAAGUCGAUGGGGUAGUUGGUGGUUCAGGUGGUAGCGGCGAGGGAGGUUUCAUGAAGGCACUGAUCGACCUCGUGAUGUUGGACCGAAAGAACUCCCAUUCCACCUCAGAAUCUGCUUCGAUUCACAAAAGGAGAUAUAAAAAAGGAGAUAAAUUCCUCCUCCUUCGGCCUCUAAUUCUUAUAUGCAAUGAUGUUUACCACCCUAGUCUCCGUCCAUUACGAACGUCCUCCAUCGCUGAAAUUCUCCAUGUUCGACAAGCAUCUCUAGACAAAGUGGUCUUGCGAAUGAAGACUGUAUUCGAGAGAGAGGGCAUCCCCUGUGAUGGAGACGGAGUGAGACGCCUUUGCGAAGCCUCAUGGGGCCUGAGUAGUAGCAGAGACCGUAAUACCAACAAUCGCGGUAUUGGAGAGGGUGAUAUCAGACGCGUCUUAGUAGCUGGAGAAUGGAUAGCACAAAAGCUUCGAGCGACCAGCCCAACUUCAGAUAUCAGACUUACAAGGAGAUGGGUCGAGCAACACAUCUCAAUCGACUCUGUAAGAGAUGGAGGGUCAUCGCGGGCGUUAGGACGGGGCGGAACGAAAGAUAUUGUUGAGCGUGUUUUCCUUGAUGGAGCAGGUUUCCCAGAUGUACCUAUCUCUGCCCAAACCUUCCAAGAUCCCUUCUCUGGCGGUAAUGUAAAAACUCCUGUUGGAAUCUCCAACUUUCGCAAACGUCAUGCAAUUACCCGCCUGAGGGAAAUGGUUGACGCUGCAGGAGAAUAUGACCGCUGCAUCACGGACUGUUUUACCGCUUACCCAACACAAGCAUAUCAAGACGAUACUAUUCUCUCCAAACCUAAUGCAGCCUACGAAUGGCUUCAUUUCCAUGACAUGAUAUCCUCCAAAGUCUACACGAAUCAAGACUGGGAACUCAACCCAUACUUAAGCCAGUCAGUUGUGGCAUUUCAUCACUUGUUUGCCUCCUCCAACCGAAGACCCGGGGACGGCGACAAAAACCUGGUGAACAUCGAAGAGGAUGGAGAGGAACACCCGUUGUCAGGUCCAAGAGCAGAUUUUGCAGCCUUUGAGGCGCAGAAGCACAACCAUGCUACAAUAACCGAGUUCCAGUCGAGGUUUUCCCCAGCCCUUCUGCGCACAUUCCGCUCCACUGAAUCAAUUAUCACAGAGCUCAUCCCGAAUCUUACCAGAAUGUUAGCUCCAGGGAUAAAACCGGUGAUUGUUGGUGGAAGUGGGGGUCAGAGGAGUGUCGCCAGUGUGCGAAAAGAAAGCGAGCGUGCACUUGUAAGUUUGUCAGUCAGAGUAAUGAGUGGCAUAGGGGUAAAAUUUGAGCAUGCAAGGAUUGAGAGCGAAACUGGUUUCCACAAUGGUUGGAUUUACAGGAUGGAACCACCCCUUGACACAUUAACCACAUUUUCCAACCUGAAGGGCGUCGGAUCAUCAGCACCGGUCCGUUAUGCCGUCCGCCAAGUUCUUCAGCAAGAAUAUGAAAAGGAUAUCCUCCGCCAGCGGUCCAAAGCUGGGCAAGCAAGAAUGACCGGACCGAAAGGCGGCAAUCAAUCCCACGAGGACUAUAAUUAUCCCAAAGAGAACGGCCCAAGUGGUGUAGCAUCUUCCAUAUUGGCUGCCAGAUUAAAUGGACCUAAACUUGAUUUCUUUGGGCGGGUGAUCGCGAACGAAGCACAACCCAAUUCAAUAGGUCCUAGCAACGGCGUUCCCACUAAGCCUCCAGCGCCGGCAGAGCAUGAACAAGCGUGGGUUAGUUUUCAUGAGGGGUUUUCUAAUGCGGUUAGGAAACAGGUGACGCUGAGCGAGUUCCUAUCAGGGUUAUAA